AUGAAAAGAAUUGCUAAUUCUUUGAAGCAGAUCACCCACAGACAUAAAAACUGCAUUCAGAUUUUGUUUAUAUAUUUUCAUGCAACACUUGUUUUUGGAGCAGAUGCACAAGUUUCAAAAAAGUUGGGAUUUGCUUCUGCUAAUUCAAGCUUUCGAAUUGCAAUAUUUGCAGAUUUGCACUAUGGAGAAAGUGCUUCCACAGACUGGGGUCCCCAGCAAGACCAGAAUUCUACUAGGGUUAUGUACAAUGUGCUACACAGUGAAAAUCCAGAUUUUGUAGUUUAUCUUGGAGAUUUUCUUACAGCCAACAAUAUUCUCAUCAAGAAUGCAACCAAAUACUGGGAGCAAGCCAUUUUGCCUGCUAAGAGUAGGAACGUACCUUGGGCUUCAGUAUUUGGUAACCAUGAUGAUACAGCAUUUGAAUGGCCUGAAGAAUGGUUUGGAAGCUCGGGAGUGCCCCGCAUUGAGUGUCCUGAUUCUUCCUUGGUAGCAGGAAGUGAGCAAAUGGGUGGCUGCUAUUUCCAAGGGACAACCCGUAUCGAGUUACUUGAGACAGAUGCACAGCAUAAUCUGUCUUACUCUUCAUAUGGACCUGAAAGUCUUUGGCCCAGUGUCUCAAACUAUGUGCUUGAGAUUGCUUCUUAUAGGAAUCCUAAAUCACCAGCAGCCUUGUUAUACUUCUUAGAUUCAGGUGGUGGUUCUUACCCUGAAUUAAUUUCCAACAGUCAAGCAAGAUGGUUUCGUCAUGCAAGUGCCCAAAGAAAUCCCAGCCAAAGGAUUGCCGAAAUUAUCUUUUGGCAUAUACCCAGCCAAGCCUACCAAAAAAUUGCUCCUCAUCCUGGCAGCCUAAUAAAGUAUCCUUGCGUUGGCUCAAUAAAUCUGGAGCCAGUUGCUUCCCAAGUAGCUGAAUGGGGGAUUAUGAAUAUCUUGAUAAACAGAGAAUCUGUUAAGGCUGUAUUUGUUGGUCAUAAUCAUGGUUUAGACUGGUGCUGCCCAUGUAAGAGUUUGUGGCUCUGUUUCGCUCGUCAUACUGGUUACGGAGGUUAUGGUACUUGGCCAAAAGGGGCUAGGAUUUUGGAGCUUUUUGAAAAACCUUUUGAGCUGAAAUCAUGGAUUAGAAUGGAGGAUGGGACAACCCAUAGUCCCAUUACACUAGCUUUUGCAUCAUAA